UUCACUUCACUCUCACUCUCACACUGUCCACACAAUCUUUUACUAGGGUUCCACUUGCAACCAUGUCACCACCACCACCCACCACCCUCUUCACCACCCUCCUCCGCCAGCCCCACCACCAUCUCCAUCGCUUUCUCUCAACACAACCAUCCAUUGCAUACCCAUUAACUCACCCAAUAUACACUAUAUGGGGUUCCAACACUUCCUUAGGUAAAACCUUAGUUUCUACUGGCCUUUCCACUUCUUUUCUCUCUUCAAGAAACCGUAAAUUCAUCUACUUAAAGCCUCUUCAAACUGGUUUCCCUCAUGACUCUGAUUCUAAAUUUGUUUAUAGUAAAUUCUCUCAAUUUUUCGCCCGAAAUCGACCUCAAUUCUCCGUUUUCGCAUCGAAUCAUGUGAUUAAAUCGUCUGUUUCGGCCAAAGAUGCUGUUUUGAGAAGUGGGGUUGAAGCAGAAAGGGGAAAAAAUCUGAAUUUGGAGAGUAGAUUGCAAAGGAGUGAAAAAAAUCGACCUGUUUUUGCCUCGAAUAAUGUGCUCAGAUCGUCGGUUUUGGGUAAAGAUGGAGUUUUGAGAGGUGGGGUUGAAGUAGAAAGGGAAAAGAAUGUGAAUUUGGAGAGUACAUUGCGAGGGACUGAAAAUAAUCGACCUGUUUUUGCAUCGAAUAACGUGCUGAAAUCAUCGGUUUUGGGUAAAGAUGGAGUUUUGAGAGGUGGGGUUGAAGUAGAAAGGGAUGGGGUUGUGAAUUUGGGGUUGUAUGAGGAGAGUAGAUUGCAAGGGACUGAGAAUUGGGAAACGAAGGGUUUUUCGAAGUUAGUUUGUAAGACGAUGUAUGGGUGGAAAGAGGCGUUAUCGCCACAUUUAGUGGCGGUGAGGGAAAAUGCUAGAGUUGAGGAUGGUGAGUUGUUGGGGAUGUUGAAGGGUUGCUUAGGAGGGAUUGAUGAAUCGGAAAGUGAAAAAGGUGAAGUCUUGUGUGUGAUCGAGACUGCUGGUGGUGUUGCUAGUCCAGGACCAUCUGGUUCACUUCAAUGCGACUUGUAUAGACCUUUCCGCUUCCCAGCUAUUCUUGUUGGUGAUGGAAGGCUAGGGGGUAUUUCAGGAACUAUUUCAGCCUAUGAAAGUUUAAAACUUCGAGGUUAUGAUGUUGUUGCUGUAGUACUUGAAGACCAUGGCCUAGUUAAUGAGGGUCCUUUAUCAUCUUACUUACCGGAAAGGGUCCCUGUGCUUGUUCUUCCACCCGUACCAAAGGAGAUGUCAAAUAACCUGAUGGAGUGGUUCCAGGAAGCGCUAGCUACUUUUCGUUCUCUUGAAGAAACAAUGCAGUCAGCUUUUCUGGAGAGAACAUCUAGAUUACGCGACAUGCCAAGGAAGGCACAUGAUAUUUUCUGGUGGCCCUUUACUCAACACAAACUUGUACCCGAACAAAAUGUGACAGUAAUAGAUUCACGGUGUGGAGAGAACUUUGCUGUGCACAAGGUUAAUAAUAAUGUUGAUUUAAUCACUCAACAAUUUGAUGCUUGUGCAAGUUGGUGGACGCAGGGACCUGAUGCUACUUUACAGAUUGAGCUUGCAAGAGAUGUGGGUUAUGCUACUGCUAGAUAUGGGCAUGUAAUGUUUCCUGAAAAUGUUUAUGAGCCGGCUUUGGAGUGUGCUGAACUUUUGAUUGAUGGCGUGGGAAAAGGGUGGGCUUCGAGAGUGUACUUUUCAGAUAAUGGCUCUACUGCUAUUGAAAUUGCUCUGAAAAUGGCACUACGGAAGUUCUUGUUUGAUCACAAGAUUGUCUCUGAUGAUUUGGUGGCUGAGAAUGAUGAAAGUCGUGUUGAUUUAAAGGUUUUAGCCCUCAGAGGAUCUUACCAUGGUGACACUUUGGGUGCUAUGGAAGCACAAGCACCAUCACCUUAUACUGGUUUUUACCAGCAACCAUGGUAUAAGGGAAGAGGUCAUUUUUUAGAUCCGCCAACAGUUGCCAUGUGUGAUGGUGUUUUGAAACUUAGCCUUCCUCCGGAGAUUGAAUCUCAAAAUCCCAGUGUUGAAGAUUUGACUUUCAGUUUGCGAGAGAACAUAUUCAAGGAAAGCCGUGACACUUCAAAGCUUGCUGAUAUUUAUCAGUCGCAUAUACGGCAAGCAUUACAGCUAAUUAUGGACUCAAGCGGAUCUACUCAGACUGGAGCAUUGAUUAUAGAACCAGUGAUACAAGGUGCUGGAGGAAUGGAAAUGGUUGACCCACUAUUUCAGAGAGUACUUGUUAAAGAAUGCCGAAAUAAAAAAAUUCCUGUUAUUUUCGAUGAAGUUUUUACGGGAUUCUGGCGUCUGGGAGCAGAGUCUGCUACAGAGUUUAUCCGCUGUAAGCCAGAUAUAGCCUGCUUUGCCAAGUUGAUGACUGGUGGCAUUGUGCCCUUGGCUGUCACUUUAGCAUCAGAAGCUGUAUUUGAAGCAUUUGUUGGAGAUUCAAAGCUCCAGGCGCUCUUGCACGGUCACUCUUACACUGCACAUGCACUGGGUUGUGCAGCUGCUGUAAAGUCAAUCAAAUGGUUUAAGGACUCCAAAACAAAUCAUAAUCUGAUAUCUGAAGCUAUGCUGCUCAGGGAGCUGUGGGAUUCAGACUUGGUGAGACAAAUUUCUUUACUUCCAGCAGUGCAUAGAGUGGUUGUGUUGGGGACUCUAUGUGCAUUGGAACUUCGAGCUGAAGGCUCUAAUGCUGGGUAUGCUUCUCUAUAUGCUAGAUCUCUCAUUCAGAAGCUACGUGAAGAUGGAAUCUAUAUGAGGCCUCUUGGUAAUGUCAUUUAUCUCAUGUGUGGGCCAUGCACAUCUCCUGAGAGUUGCAGCAACAUACUAAACAAGGUGUAUACAAGACUUGAGGAGCUCUAAACCACUGAUACUUGUGUCAAGCUCAAGAAUACAAAUUGUUAUUGGACAGAACAGACAGGGGUUCUAUUUGUUGAAGGUGAUUUCAAGAAUCGAGCUUGGUGUCUUAGUUUUGUAGUUAUUUUGCAGGGACUAGAAUUAUGAUGAGACUUCUCUACAUAGCUGAAACAGUUACUUUCACCAACUUUUGCCUUCAAGCAUUUAGGUUUUGUGUGCUCAAAUUUGAAUCUUUUCAUUGCAUUGGGUUUCUUUCAGUUCCCAUUAUCAACAUCAUGAGGUUGUGCUGUAUUUUGUUGUAAUCAUCCAUUGCCAAUAUAAUAAACUUGCUAUUAGUGUUGGUAGA